AUGGAGUUUGUAGUGGGUGCUUCAGAAGCCACCAUGAGAUCUCUCCUAGGCAAGUUGGGCGGUCUCCUUGCCCAAGAGUACACUCUGAUCCGCGGCGUCUGCAGCAUCCGCGGCGACAUCCAGUACAUCAACGACGAGCUCGCCAGCAUGCAGGCCUUUCUUAGCGACCUCGGCUCUGCCCUGGAUGAUCACGACCGCCGACUCAAGAACUGGAUGAAGCAGAUUCGUGACAUGGCAUACGACAUGGAAGACUGCAUCGAUGACUUUGCUCAUCGCCUCCCUCAGGACUCUCUCAGUGAUGCAAGAUGCUCCUUCAUCGUGACGAUAGUCUACGGGAUGUGGACGUUCUGGCCUCGCCGUGACAUUGCCUCCAAGAUUGCCGAGCUCAAGGUCCGAGCACAGUACAUUGCUGAGAGGCGCAGCAGUAUUAAAAGCUCAGUUAAGCGAGUUGUGCCACUGCUCUCUGGUCACAGGCCGCAAAGCAAUGAUGGCAGCAUGCAGAAUAAGAUAGAAACAAUGAAUCGUGACCAGCUUAUUGAAGAACUAGGUAUCUCCUCUUGA